CUCCAGCGUGGUGAAGAUCUCUCGGGUGCUGCGCUGUGCGUGCGUCGCAGCCAUCACUCGCCUGGACCGCUUUCCACGAAGGAGUGCGGGGCACUCUGCCCAGAGGAACCUUGAGGGCCAUGGCGGACUCGAAGCUGCUGGUGCCCGAGCUAAGCGAGGCAGAGAAGAUGGGCGCUGAGACCAUGCGUUUCGAGGAGCUACUGCGGCAGGCCUCCAAGGAGCUCCAGCAAGCCCAGACAAGCAGACCAGAAUCCACACAGAUCCAACCUCAACCUGGUUUCUGCAUAAAGACCAACUCCUCCGAAGGGAAGGUUUUCAUCAACAUCUGUCACUCUCCUUCCAUCCCUCCUCCGGCUGAUGUGACCGAGGACGAGCUGCUUCAAAUGCUGGAGGAAGACCAAGCCGGGUUCCGCAUCCCCAUGAGCCUGGGAGAGCCUCAUGCAGAACUGGACGCAAAAGGCCAGGGUUGUACCGCCUACGACGUAGCGGUGAACAGCGACUUCUACCGGAGGAUGCAGAACAGCGAUUUCUUGCGGGAGCUCGUGGUCACCAUCGCCAGGGAGGGCCUUGAGGACAAAUACAGUCUUCAGCUGAAUCCAGAGUGGCGCAUGUUGAAGAACCGACCUUUCCUGGGCUCCAUCUCCCAGCAAAAUAUCCGCUCCCAACAGCGUCCUCGGAUCCAGGAGCUGGGAAACCUAUACACUCCCGACUCCCCGAGACCUGAGGAAGGCCCUGAGAAGCCUCACCUGAACCUUUGGCUGGAAGCCCCUGACCUCCUCUUGGCUGAAAUUGACCUCCCCAAACUGGAUGGAGCUCUGGGGCUGUCGCUGGAGAUUGGGGAGAACCGGGUAGUGUUGGGGGGCCCCCAGCAGCUGUACCACCUGGAUGCCUAUAUCCCCCUGCGGAUCAACUCUGAGGAGAGCAAAGCAGCCUUCCAUAGGAAGAGAAAGCAAUUGAUGGUGGCCAUGCCCCUCCUGUCGGUGUCUUCUUGACCUGCUUUCUUUCUGUGCUUCUAAGUGGAGAGAAGAGGCUCGUGGCUUCUCUAAAAUGGAAAUAAAAGAUGUUUGCCUUU